CAACGUGACUGGGUUUCCGAGACCCAGCGAAGGAGGACAGCACGAUGGGUCUUCCCCGCCUUCGGCCGAAACCCACCAGGCUGCGCCGAGCCGGUACGCACCUGCACGCAUCCGCCGUAGCCCGGGCCUCCCACCUCUGUCUGCCUUAGGCCACGCCCUUCCCGCUCUGCGCAGGCGUUCACACCCUUCCAUGCGGCCUCCGAGCCUGCAGGGGGCGAUGACUCUGCGUUGUGCCGUCUUUCAUAUCGCGCCCCCCGUGCGCGCUGCUUCCGGGUCAGAGGUCAGAGGGUCCGGCGCUGCGUGGGCAAUGGUGCAGCUUCGGCAGCUAGCGUCCCGCGCCCGGGCGCCGGCGUCCGGGUCGGCGAUGGUGGAUGAGGGCCUGCCGGCCUCGGAGGAGGAGGUGGAGCACGGGCUGUUGCUGGGGCAGCCCAGCAGCGGCGCAGCCGCCGAGCCCCUGGAGGAGGACGAAGAAGGGGAAGAUGAGUCCGACGAUGAGGCCCCGGAGGAGCUGACUUUCGCCAGCGCCCAGGCGGAAGCGAGGGAAGAGGAGCGGCGAGUGCGGGAGACCGUGCGCAGGGAUAAAACGCUCUUGAAGGAGAAGAGGAAGCGACGGGAGGAGCUGUUCAUCGAACAAAAGAAAAGAAAACUUCUUCCAGAUACUAUUCUAGAGAAGUUAACUACAGCUUCCCAGACUAACAUAAAGAAAUCACUGGGAAAGUUGAAAGAAGGUAAUUUGCAAAAGAAAAGCGAAGAGAGUGAAAAAGGCAGCGACUCUAAGAAAACUAAAGAGAAAGUACAAAAAGUACAGUCUGUCAGCCAGAAUCACAGCUACUUGGCUGUCAGACUAAAAGACCAAGAUCUAAGAGAUUCAAGGCAACAAGCAGCCAUGACCUUCAUACAAAAUUCUUUAUAUGGUCCAGGAACCAACCGAACUACAGUAAAUAAAUUCCUUUCUCUUGACAAUAAGAGGUUGCCCAUGAAAAAGGCUGCAGUUCAGUUUUUGAAUAAUGCUUGGGGAACCCAGAGAAAACAAAAUGCCAAGAGGUUUAAAAGACGGUGGAUGUUCAGAAAGAUGAAAACAACUUCUGGAAGAGUAAAUCGAAGUUAAAUGAAGAGUCGCUACUUUACUCUAAACAGAACUUUAUAAGUUGAAACUAAUUAAGCCUUAAUUGGAAUGAAAGAUAAUUUUUUUACUGUAAAACCUAUGAUAAUAGGGAAUAAACAAUAAAAAGAAACAUUAUCUCAAAAUGUCUGAGAUCCACAAGGAAUAACUAUGCUCAAAGGUAGGCAUCUAAAGCUA